GGACGCUGGGAGUCGGGGUUUGUUUGGCUGAUGAUAAGCUGGUGCUGGCUUUCAGGACUUGGGGUUUGAGAAACUUGACUUACAUUCAACUAGAUUUAUUAAACAUCUACUAUAGGCAAAGCCUGUGUAGGAAAACUUCCAAUUCUUUAACCCGGGGCUUCUCAAAAAAUCAAUUCAUUUCCGACUAUUAGCUUAGAACAUGGUGAUUACAGUUGGUUUAAAAAUAAGCGUCAAAGAAGCCCGGGGAUUUAAAAAAGAACCAAACUCAAAAAUUUGAUAAAAGUGAAACGAUUAGACUUGCGGCAUUUUAGUCAGUGUUAUUUCUGUUGUUUUUUUCUCAACUGCAAAAGGAGAAAAAAAAUCAGAAGUCUAUUCAAAUUUGAAAGGAGAACCGGCAUUGUGGACCAGACAGUCUCUAGAUUGUGAAUUCAUGAAGAGUUUGGGAAAUGAUUGUUCAUCAUAAUUAUAAAAUGCAUACUUUUCUAAUUAAUUUGCAUUUGACCACAGUUGUUUUGGAAUUAUUCCACGCGAGGCUAAAGGUUCCUGAAGGCAGGGACUGCCAUGUCCCUCUGUGGAUCUUUAGUUGUCCCUGACCAGUGGAACCUGACAUUUAAUGCAUGUUCGUUGAAUGAGUGAAUCAAUGAAGGAAGGGAAAUGUCCCUGAUGAAAAAAAACCAAAACUCUCCUUCAAUAACCUCUACCUGUUGAUGAGGUCAAAGACAGUCGGUCGGCCCUGAGUGGUUUCGUAAAGAACAGCUGCUUUUAAUUUCCCCCAAGCCUCCAGAUCAGGGGGUUGAUUCAGGCAGUGGUUCCAAGUAUUGGUCAGAGUCCCCGUGACAGCCUUGAUGAAGUUGUCAGCUGUCCUUGACAAAAGUUAGGACAAUCUGUCGAUAUUCAACCAGCAUGCCUUGGACUUUACUGUGGGAAGACCCUAUUAUUUAAAAAUGGCUCAACUGAACUGUAUGGAGAAUGUGGGGUGUGUCCAAGAGGACAGAGAACAAACGCACAGAAGUACUGCCAGCCUUGCACAGAGUCUCCAGAGCUCUAUGACUGGCUCUAUCUUGGAUUCAUGGCUAUGCUUCCCCUUGUUUUGCAUUGGUUCUUCAUUGAAUGGUACUCGGGGAAAAAGAGCUCCAGCGCACUUCUCCAGCACGCCACCGCAUUGUUUGAAUGCGGCGCGGCCGCUGCCAUCACCUUACUUGUGAGUGAGCCCGUCGGGGUUCUUUACAUCCGUUCAUGCCGAGUGCUGAUGCUCUCUGAUUGGUACACGAUGCUUUACAACCCCAGCCCAGAUUACGUCACCACCGUGCACUGUACUCACGAAGCUGUCUACCCCCUCUAUACCAUUGUAUUUAUCUACUAUGCGUUCUGCUUGGUGUUAAUGAUGCUGCUCCGGCCUCUGCUGGUAAAGAAGAUUGCCUGUGGGUUAGGGAAGUCGGAUCGAUUUAAAAGUAUUUACGCUGCACUUUACUUCUUCCCCAUUUUAACCGUGCUUCAGGCAGUUGGUGGAGGCCUUUUAUAUUACGCUUUCCCAUACAUUAUAUUGGUGUUAUCUUUGGUUACUCUGGCUGUGUACAUGUCGGCCUCUGAAAUAGAGAACUGCUAUGAUCUUCUAGUCAGGAAGAAGAGACUCAUCGUCCUCUUCAGCCACUGGCUACUUCAUGCUUACGGGAUCAUCUCCAUCUCCAGAGUGGAUAAACUCGAGCAAGACUUACCCCUUUUGGCCUUGGUACCCACGCCAGCCCUUUUUUACUUGUUCACAGCAAAGUUUACUGAACCUUCACGGAUACUCUCAGAAGGAGCCAAUGGACACUGAAUAUAACAUGCCAAAACCCCUAAGAAGUAUUCUUAAUAAAAAAGUAAAGAAAUUAAAAA